AGUAGCGGAACGCCGAGCUCGGCGGCGCUCUCUCGAUGCGCUCGAUGCUCGCGCCGACCCCUGGCAUCCCCGCCGCCACUUCCGGCGGCGCGCAAGGCUGGCGGGAGCGAGCGAGGGGAGCGGGACGGGCGCAGCGGCGGCGGCGGCGGGCGGAGGAGGACGACGGUCGGCCGCUGCCGCCGUGCCCCUCCUCCCCCGCGCCUCCUCCUCCCCCGCCAAACAGCUUUCAGACAGAGGACACACAGAAAGAGAGGAGCAGAAAGAAGAUAACAAUAGCACCGAAUGCAACGAACUAGGAAUCAUGGAUCUGAAAUUUACUUCAUCAAGAAAAUACAUUUCCAUCAGUGUACCUUCCAAAUCUCAAACUAUGUCUCCUCAUAUCAAAUCAGUAGAUGAUGUUGUAGUUCUUGGCAUGAAUCUCAGCAGAUUUAACAAACCUACUCAAUUUUUCAUCUGUGUUUCUGGAGUUUUUAUGUUUUAUCUAAUCUAUGGAUAUUUACAGGAAUUGAUAUUUUCAGUGGAAGGUUUUAAACCUUUUGGUUGGUACCUCACUUUAGUGCAGUUUGGAUUUUAUUCCAUUUUUGGACUAAUAGAAUUGCAGUUGAUUCAGGACAAAAGGAGAAGAAUUCCUGGCAAAACCUACAUGAUAAUAGCGUUUUUAACAGUGGGAACUAUGGGUUUGUCAAAUACCUCUUUAGGAUAUCUGAAUUACCCUACUCAAGUCAUCUUCAAGUGCUGUAAGCUGAUUCCAGUUAUGAUAGGCGGGGUUUUUAUACAAGGAAAACGUUAUAAUAUUGCAGAUGUGUCUGCUGCCCUAUGUAUGAGUCUUGGAUUAAUAUGGUUUACUUUAGCUGACAGCACAGUUGCACCAAACUUCAACUUGACAGGUGUGGUCCUAAUAUCCCUUGCCCUCUGCGCAGAUGCAGUUAUAGGAAAUGUACAGGAAAAAGCUAUGAAGUUGCACAAUGGUUCUAAUUCAGAAAUGGUUUUGUAUUCCUAUUCAAUAGGUUUCGUGUAUAUUUUAUUUGGAUUAACAUGCACUAGUGGAUUAAGCCCUGCAGUAACAUUUUGCUCAAAGCAUCCACUUCAGACUUACGGUUAUGCAUUCCUUUUCUCCCUGACUGGGUAUUUUGGCAUAUCCUUUGUUCUAGCUUUGAUUAAAAUCUUUGGUGCCCUUCUGGCUGUAACAGUAACAACAGGAAGAAAAGCAAUGACCAUUGUGCUUUCUUUUUUGUUUUUUGCAAAACCAUUCACAUUACAGUACGUGUGGUCAGGCUUACUGGUUGUCCUUGGUAUAUUUCUUAAUGUUUACAGUAAGAAUAUGGAUAAAAUCAAAUUGCCUUCACUGCAUGGUCUUUGGAAAAAAAGCGUGGAAGAAAGAAAAACAAGGACGUUGUCACAAACAGUAUAGACAGUGGUUUAUGCCUUGUCUAGACUAUGACUUAUUUUAUUGGAACAGUCUUCAACUGAUUGACUUUCCAAAGGGAACAUUAUUAAAACCAAAGGAGCUGAAGGCAUAUUGUCUGCUUGCAGAUUGCUAUAAAUGCACAUUUUUGUGAGCCCUUUCUUCAGAGCACUUGAAUUCAUCAUAAAAGGUGUUGUAGGCCAUUGUCAGAUGGCAUUUUCAGGCAAUGAAGGACAGCAGCUCCUGGCAAACUGCUGAGAAGCUGCACUCCAAGUGGGGCACAGUAGAAGACCAGUUUGGGCAUUUUAAUAAUAUUGGCCAUGUGGCUGAUCUGAGAUGAGUUGUUCUUUGUUAAUUGUCUAGGCGGGGUAAUUUAAAUGUAAUACUGUAUUAAUGUUUAAUGGAACCUAAUCAGCAACUGAUUGACCAAAUUGCAGUUUUAAAGGUGGAAGGUUUAGAAUAUGGUAUGUUGUCACUCUUUUUCAUUUUAAAUAAAAAUGUUGGGGUUUUUUAAGUUAUUGUUUAGAUCAUCACAGAACUUGGUAUUUAUUGUAAUAAUUGAAAUUUCUAUGGAAAUCUUAUGGUGUUACUCUUUUUGAUUAUUGCUUGCAAGUAACAAAAAUGAGAUUGAGUUUGUGCAGUCAACACCCAUGCAUUUACAAGGGGGGAAUGUGCUUUUAGGCCUGAACAGGUUGAGAACACAGAAUGAAAAAGUCAUGAUUGAAACAAUGAUGUAAGAAACUGUUAUUUGCUUAUUCUGUUGUGAAAUACAAAAUUUUUAGUGGCCUGUGGCCCUCCAAUAUCAUUGUGGUGUAAAGAGACAUGGAAGUCCUCUAAAUUAGCGUCAUCAAAUCGAAACUCUUCAUUUUCAAUAUUGGAGUAAAGAAUAACAGCAUCUGCUAAUGUAUUUGCAAUAUGUAUUGUGUCAGCCUAUGUGUGGUCCUGUGAUGAACUUAAGAGGAUUAGGGUACAGAUUACAAUUUUCUUUAAUGACAGGAGAAGACAAUGUACUUACUACCAGUCAGUCUUUUCAUUGUGAGUUUAGGAAGGCUAAGUCCAUUUAUCUCUCCAUAAGUUCAUAUUCAACUCACUUUUGAAUCGCUUGCAUCUCUUUCAUUUUAUAUAUUUAACAAUAGCACUUUAAAAAUACUAAUCACCUUACAGUUCAUUGUUCUCAUGUGGUCAUUUUUUUGUUGUUGUUGUGUCCCUUAGAUGCAUCUUGGUAUGUGUCCUUUCAACUUAGACAAAAGUAAAUUGGGUAAUAGAAUUGUAUGGUCAGGAAUAAUAUACAAAGAAUUGAAAUAUCUCAAAGGAUUACCUUCUGCCAAAAAUACUAGUCUAUGAAAGUGUUCAAAAUGUGCAAAAUAUUUUUCAGACAUUUAGGAAGAAUUGCUGUUCCAAGGAGCUUGUAAUCAAAGCACAGACACAAAAUGUGCCUUAAACUUUGCUUAUUGAGUUGGUAGCUAGCAUAUGCCAUAUUAAGUAUGUUAUUAAAUAGAACACGGAAUAACAUAGCCAUCUUAGCACAACAGGACAAAUAAGUGGACUGGAGAGCUGCGCUAAUGUAACCGUGCUGUUUCCAGCACUCAAGCUAUUCUGGUAUGUCAGCAAAGCCUUUCAACCCAUAUAUACCCAGUGUUGCCAAGUUAGGAGAAUUUAUUGCGUGUGACAAUUUUGGUUUUUAAAUUCCCAGCUGCUGCAUGAUUGAUUGUGUCCUGGAUAAGGUAGAGAGGUGUGAAUUUGAUGAACGUGUACACCUUGAAAGAGAAGGAUGGCCUGCCAUGGCUCUCCAUUUUCAUGUUGCAGCCAAAGUUUUAUGGUAAGAUAUGAAAAAGGGUUACAGUUUCAAAUAUGAUGCAAGAGUGCAUUUGACCAAGUCAAGGGGAUUGAUACACAUUUCUUUCCCUAUAAUAUUUAUCAACUCUUACAUUUCCUUGCAUUCUUUUCACUAAAUGAAGUUUCUCUUUCCAGUGAGGUUAACUUACCUGUCAAGUUUAAAAUAGGGAUAGUUUUUGAACCAUUGAAAAGAAAGUAAUUAUGGAACACACACUGCUCUGUUCACUAGCUUGGUGGAACUUGGUAAUUAGCAUUUGAGCAUCGUUUUGACAAUUUUUCAGUCUCAGUUUUGCCAUCUGUAAACUGUCUGUUGCUAAACUUUAUUGAACUUCUGGAAACCGAAUUAUGUGAAAGCUACUAUACAUGCAGAAAGUCAUAGUAAAUAUAAUUUGUUUGACAUCUGUUUUAUACAAAUAGAUGAGAAGUCUCUCCCAAAGUUUCUGACUAGAAUUCAAACGUAGUAUGUAGGUUGCCAAACUCUAUAUAAUCCAUUUUGUCUCUAUUUUCUCUCUCUGGAGAGUGUAGUGCUCACAAUUUACCAUUUAAUUUAUUCUCUAUUGUAUACAAGACUGAGUUAAUGGAGCACACGUUAGGGGAAGUUUUGAUUUAUUUUUUUAUGAAUUUUGUUUUUCUUAACUAUAGAAAUGUAUGUUUUGUUUUACAGGUGUACUUUAAAAAAUUAUUUUUAUACGCAAAUGAAUAUGGUAGGUUUAGUGUUAAUAGCAUAAAUUUAGGAGUCAGAUUUUUAUUUUCAUAGAUGUGAGUUUAGUACUUGCUAAUCAACACUAUGUAAGUGUGUUAAAGAAAAUGCACACACAAGUGAGAGUACUUCGUAAUUUGCCACCUGUCAUGGUCUGCACAGUUUCCUGCUUUCAUUGAGACAUUAAGAAAACCUUUGUUUCAGUGAAUUGCUGUUUUGGGGGGUUUUUUUAGUUUUUUUUAAUAGCUUUAUAGUGCAUGCAAGUAAGAGAACCUUAAAAACCUCCAAGUGUUCUUAUUACAAAAUUUUGUUUUAGGAUCUUCUGUACUGUAUAUGUAUGUUGGGUUUGUGUUGUCUAUGAAAUAUGAAUAAGGGCUUGGCCGCAAAGUAACUGUAAAUUCUUUAUUUUUCAUGUAAGAGCACUUACAUUGAUUGGGGUGUUAGUUAACCCUUCCCAAAGUUGCUAUGUAGGCUGAUCAUAAUAACUUUUGCAUUUUAUACUCAUUGGCUCCUGGAUUCUUUAUGGUAGGCAUUAUGAAACUACAGAAAAAAACAUUCUUUCUGUUACUAUAAAAUACAUUAUCUAAAUAUGAUGUGAAUUAGUUGCUUCUUAUGCUACACAACUUUCUCCUCUCUACAGAAAAACUGUGGUGUAAGAAUUAGUUAUAAUGGGAUUGAAGUUCACACUAAAAUGAAGGCUGCCCAAGGUCUCCAUUGGUGUCAGCAGUCUACCUCUGAGACUCCCUCUGCCUCCUGUGGAGGACUGAGGGAGCUCUGCUUUCCUAAAUUAGUAUGCGUUUACAGUUGCUUUCACAUUACAUUUUUGCAUUUAUUUGCCGAAGUAAUUGACUGUGCAGUGGAUUUCUUCAGUAUUUCAGUAUGUCAGUAUCAUCAAACUACUAAUUAUUCAGAUACCUAUAUGUGAAUACAAGUGUGGAAGAACUAAUGCUCUGAACCCACCCUGAAACCUACAGUGUUUCCUGGUACUGCAUUAAUCUUUUUCUUAAUAGUGUUUUACCACUCAUGUGCUUUGAACUUACCAAACAUUUUAAGCUAAAACUUAGGCACACAUCAUUCCUACUUGUCUGCCUGACCUUACUUGUCUUUCUUACUUUUGGAUGCUAACUCCCUUUUUAACAUGCUCUGUUGAUACACUAUGGAUUGUUUCAGGUUUCUAUUCCUGCAUUUAAGGGCCCACAUCAUACUCUUACAAAUUGGUCACAUUCCAUAUUUUCUGCUUCAUAUCAGUUAUGACUGUCUGGAUGAUUUUUAAAUCCUUUUUUUCUCCACGAAAAAAUCUUUCCUUUUAUACUUUCCAUUAUAUUUUUUGAAAGGUCUUGAUGAGUACAUGUAUGAGUUAACUCCUUGACCUCAUUCCAUCUUUCAGGAAAACCUCUCUUCUCGCUUGCUUGCCUUUGAGAACCAAAGGAAGAGGAAAUAAAUUACUGCAAGUGCUCUUUUUUCUUUAAUAAGUGCCUUCCUUACUAACCUGGUUUGUCUUAAUUGUUUCUUUUAUUUCUGCCUCCCAUGCUCCCAGGCACAAACAAGCCCUUCUCUCAUGUUUGACCACUGCUUGUUCAGUCAUGAAAACUUUUUGAAUUCUUCACUGUUCUGAAGAGGUAUAGAAUUGCAUGUAUACUCUGGAGGGCAGGAAAUAAUAAGUAAACUUCACAAGUUAGGAAAGUAAUUAAAUGGAUUCAUACUUUUUUUUCUGGAGGGAUUUUAUAUAUGGUUUAGGUAAUAGCUCAGAAUUUGUUAGUGGAAGGGGUUUUUUUUCUUUUAUAUUUUACCUGUUUAAAAAUCUUUAUAUUAAUUUUAAUAUUUAAUAUAAAACUCCUGACUAUUCAGGCAGUUUAUAGAGAUUAAUUUUAGUCUUGCCUAUGAGGCAGAAAAAUCCUAUCUCCAUUUCACUGAUGAAGCAGAGGUGGUAACUUGCCCAAAGUUGCCUUAAGUCUGUGAUGAGCAAGGAAUAGAUGUUAAUACCCUCAGUUAUCCUGUGCCCCAAAUCCAACAGAGCCCUUCUGUACCUGAAAUGAAACAGUACCAAUAUAAGUUCAGUUGUCUUUUACCCCGGUAUUAGAGAUUUUAAAUUGUUUCUGUUCUGUGUUCUAUGAUAGUAUAAUUUAAAGCGAAAUUAAGACAGCCAUAAAAUAGGCUUCCUGCAUUUUGUUUGAAGCUUCUUUGCAUUGUGUGCAUUAUCUUGUUGAUUUGUUCUGUUUUCUGUGAACGCCACUAUGGAAACAAGCCAGAGAGCAGCAGUCAUAGAGAAGCAUAAUAUCUUUCACUUUCAGGUGACUGGUCUGAAUUUAGUUCACCUUGCUACUGGUCAAAAGCUGCUGCUAUUGGAAAACUGUGAGGAAUUGUCAUAAUGUAAGGAAUUGAGAAAAAUGAUGUCAUGCUGGAUCUGUAUCUUUUUGCCAUUCACUUGUAGAGAAGCAAAGACAGUAACACAAUAAAGAACAUUCGUGCACAAAUA